AAGCAUACCAGUGCACACACUCUGCUCUGGUCUACUCCAAGGAUUAUCCUAGUGCUUUCAGAUCUGAUGGAGGACGUGCAGGCAUGAAUCGGGUAGUUCUGUUGUCAGCGCGAGCUUGUGCCAGUGAUGGACCACAGUCGGACGGAUACUAACCUGAGCUGGCGUUCACGACGAAACAGCAUUCCUCCUUACUGAGACCAGCUCCACAGAAUGCUGAGUCCUAUUGUCCCCUAUAGUCUGUUCAAGAUGCACUGGAACCCAGAGCAUGCCCAGCCCCUCAGCCAGUGGCCUGAGCAGCACCUGGAUGUCUCCUCCACCACCUCAUCUCCGGCCCACAAGUCAGAGUUAUACUCUGGCCGCGGCCGCAACUCCAGCAACUACGCCUGGGCCAAUGACGACAUCUCCGCCCUGACAGCCUCCAACCUGUUGAAGCGCUAUGCUGAUAAGUACGCUGGUGUGCUGGACUCACCAUAUGACAAGCCACCUACUGUUGGCACCUACCACGAGCCAGGAGCCUUCGGGAGCCUCAAUGGUCCGAAGACUGAGCUAGAGCCCUGGCCACUGACACACAGCACUGAUGCCUCCUAUUCCCUGGUGCCCUCGGGAGGCCACGAUAGCCUCUCAGGUUCCAAAGUUUUAGCCACAUCUGCAGGUCUACCGGGAGUUGGCAGUGUGUCAGUAGGGAACAGUAACCUCUCAGACUCCGGCUACAGUGGCAGCAGCUCCUGCAGUGGCUCCAGUGAGUACCCCAGCUACAAUGGCACCUAUCUUUCCUCAGGGUACUGUCCCCAAUCCAGUGCAGCACUUCCCCCUUCCUCCCUGCACAGCCUCCAAUCCACCCCUUCUCUGGUCCCAAGCUAUAGCCCCACCACACCUGUCUAUAACUAUCCCCCAAGCACAUACCCUCCCCAGAACAGCUAUAGCCACCCCUCUGCAACCUACCUGGCCUCAGGUCUACCUGCCCCAACUCCUGUACCCUCGAGGCCCACAGUGGUAGGAGGCAGCUAUGGUUACCACAGCACCGCCCUCGGGACAUCUGAAUCUGGAGGGGCAUUAAAAAGAAAAGCAUUUGAGAUGAACGUAGAAAAGGAUGAGGACGGGGAUGGCUCUCGUUACAGGAAAUAUGGCUACGACACCUUGAAGGCCGGGGGAAACUCACCCUAUGGCGUAAAUGACAAAACAGAGUGCCGGGGAAAUGGCUACAACGGUUCAGGCAGCACAGACCCUCAAACAUUCAAGCCCAGUAAGCCCUCCUCCCAGCCUCUGGUGUCUCCUCAGUAUGGAGCAGCGGGGGAGUACAGCCCUCCAGCAGGUAUGACAGGAGAGAAUGGUGUAACGGAGCAGGGCUUCAACCAACAGCAGCAGCACCGUGCCCAGGCCCACAAACGAUCCCCACUAUGCGGUCCAACUGUUGAAACUAUGAAGAGCCCAGAUCCCAGACUGCUGGACCUUGUCAAUGGGGAGUUGUUAGACUGUAACCCGGCCCUUGGUUGGAAUGAUCUUGCCGGGCUCACCCAUGUCAAGACUGCCCUGGAGGAGGACCUGCUGUGGCCUGUAUUAAGGCCCAGUCCAGUUGUGCGGCCACCAAGAACCGUCCUGCUGUUUGGCCCCCGGGGAGGAGGAAAGACGACGUUGACUCGUUCUUUGGCUUCACAACUGGGGGCUUCCUUCUACCAGUUGAGUGGAGCCAUGCUGGCCUCUAAAGGGAAGGCAGAGGCAGAGCACAUUCUGGGGUCUCUCUUGCAUGUGGCAGGGGCCCGUCAACCGUCAGUGGUGCUACUUAGUCAGGUUGAGGCCAUGGAAGAGGACGGGCUGAGGCAGACACUGCUGACCACCCUGGAGAAAGCCCAGGUGGGGACCCCUGGUCUGGUGAUUCUUGUCUGCACCACUGGCAGGCCAGAUCUGCUGCAAGACGCAGUUCAUCAGAGCUUUGCCAAGCGAUAUCAUGUUGGCCUGCCAGAUGUAGGUAUGCGCAGGCAAGUGCUGCUGCAGGCUGUGUUGCCCCAGGGCUGCAGCCUGAGCGAGAGGGAGCUAAGCGCUGUGCUUCAGCGCACCGAUGGCUUCUCAGUGUGUGAGCUGCUGCAGCUCAGCCAGCAGGCGCUCUCCUCAGCAGCCUCCCCCACUGGGGCCAUGCAUGGCCUCCCCACAUCCUCCAAACCCCCAGCCUUCACAGACUUCGAGAAUGCCUUCUGCAAGGUGCGCCCACACGCCACCACAAAAGAACUGGACACUUGUAUAGAGUGGAGCAAGAUGUAUAGCCACUGAGAAGCAGCCAGUCACUGUACUCGGACUGCAAUGUGAACCUGUCUUUGCUUUGACAUGGCAAGCCUUGGGAAUGUUUUGUUGUUGUUUUGUAAUUACAGAUUAUGAAGCCAAAAGAGCCAGAGAAGUUCAAAUAUACUGGAGAGCUGACAGAGUUGUAUUUCUGGCAGAAGCAUGCCAUGGUAUACUGUUUUACUUUUUUUUGCUAUGAAUAUCCGCAAUAUUUUAUUUUUCCCAAAGAGAAGAAGGAUGAAUAGGCCUUGCUGAGUGGGGUAGUUAUAGUCAUUUGGCCAAUGGGAGAAUCUGAUGGCUAUUUGGAGCUUCUCUGAGAUCCUGAUUAGCCUUGGUCCAGGACAAAAUCAAUUAUUUGUUGCUAGGUGACGUGGUCCAAGAUUAUGGAUAAUCAGGGUUUGGAAAAUACCCCCUUUGACUGCUACUCUCAGGAUUGUAUUUAUUGCCAGUCCAGUCCAUGUUAUCCUAAUGUUGAUUUAGUCUUCGGAUUGUCACAAAUCAUUGAGUACGAAGCGCUCGGGAUCAGCAACAUUUCAGUUUUUGACCAAAAACAUGUCAAACCAAAUGAAUAAUCAGCAGAGCUGUUAUAUUUCCUCAAAAGGGAAUUGUCCUCCAAAUCACAAUAUAUCAAUAUUCUCGAUAGCUUAUUAAUAAAUCUUGAAAAAAACUGGCACUCUAUUACUAGAUUUAUUCACAUUUAUUAAACAUGGCCGUCCCUUGCCGGGUGUUCAGUUGCAGUUACACUCAAAACAUUUGCUUGUAGUGUAUCUUCAUUCAACAAUAUUCCCAAUCUUGAAAUGGUACAGACAGCUGACUUUAUUAUUAUCGUUUACUUCCAUAUAAUUGUUUUAUAGACAUUCCUCAUCAAGGGCAGUUUUCCUGAGAAUCACACUUACAGAACAACGUCUGCACACCCAGCUUCUCUUACAGCGUGUCUGUUUUCUAUUUCACUUACUAUUUUUUGUUUUCUUAGUGUGUAGUCUUGUUUGAAAUGCUCAGGAAGAAUUUCUUUACCUCAGAAAUAUGAAAUAAAGAAUGUAUGUAAUCUUAGGGUCUUAGUAGGGAGGGUCGCAGAGCGGGAUAGAGGAGCGAGGAGAACCCUGACAGUCUUGUAAUACCCACUGCAGCUGGGCUUUUACCUCGGGAGAGAAACUUGAAUAUGCUACAAAGAGUAACAUUGAAUGUAAUUCAGGUAUUUCAAAGGAUAUUUGAUGCCAUAAAAUCCAUGUAUUAUUAUAUAUGACUAUAUAAAUGCAUUUUCUUUUCUGUUCUUUUACCUUUUAUUUUCAUUGUAGUUUAUGGUGGAGUGAUGUUUGUCUUCAAGAAUGCUAUGUAGUAUAUAGAAAAUAUUCCUUUUAUUGUUGGACAAACUGCUCGCAGAUCUCUGCGGGAUUCCGUGUUUACAUAUCCUGUAUGUGCAUGUCCGCUGUCUAGAGUUUUACCAAUGCAAAAGUGUCAUUUGAAAAUGAAUGACUCACACGUGUGCACUCACAGUGAACCUCCGAGCACAAGAUAUGCCCCCCUCCCCCCCACCAAAAAGAAAACCAACCAAAACACAGAUGCUAAGAAAACAAAAAUGUUGUUUUGCGCAGCUUUCAGCAAAUUCCAAAGUGUGAGGAUUCACAGUUAAUGUGUUGGUUUUGUGGAUGAGCCCAACAUGUAGACAAUCCAGACAAAUCUCUCCUCCUGCGGCAGAGCGGUCCGACUGCUCCGUCUUAACAAGCCGGAAAAACCUGGUCACCGGACUGCAGGUACAGAGGUCGCUGGUGUUAGACUGUUGCCAUGGUCCUGAGGACGUAUGCACACACAAUGAUGUAAUAUUUCCUACCGACCUUUCCUCCCUCUCUCUCUCUCUCUCUCUCUCUCUCUCUCCUUCAUCAUUCUUUUUCUCUGUUCCCUCUCUCCCCUGUGCAGUCUCAUUAGAUUGGAUUGCCCCCUGGCCACGAGCCCCGGUGGCCAUGUGGCGUUGUAUCCUCUCCCCCUCCUCCCUCACCGCCAACCCCCCACUCGCCUUUCCUUAUACCGAUUCCUCCAGAGUGGAAGUGGUCUGAUUGAUGUCCAGCAACCUUAUAUCACAGUGCAGCCUUCCCCUCUCCAGCUGGUGGCUUCAGUCAUGCCAUACAGCCAGAUCAAUCAGAGUGACCCCCGCUGUGCAUACUGAUCACUGUCUCAGAAACUGAAAACACAUUUACAAGUUACAGAGCGUCCCCUGCCUCAAGUGGCAGGACAUCGCCGGCCGUUAUUCACACGUAAUUACAGAAGGUGAAAUAAUAACGACAGCAUGCGGAUUAGUCGUUUCCAGUUUGUCCAACAAACGAGCUUUUAUUUUUUACAUGUUUUGAUCUGUUGUUCUUGGUUAUUGUACAUUUUCUGUAACCAUUUCUACCUCAUUUUUGCGGCAUAUUGUACAUGAAAGUAUUUAUUUCAUGUCUUUGUUGAUGUCUGAUAAUAAUGUUCUUGAACUGUA